UCAUGCUCCCUUCUCAAAUGGCGAGCACAAAGUUUAGAGAGGAUGACAUUAGUAUGUGGAUUGUAUUAAAAAAAAAUUACUCAUACUAUUAUAUAUCGUUCAAUAAGUUUUCUUACAAGUUUUUUCGCACAAUCGUUAUGACGACAUGCAUGAAUGACAGAUGGAGAUGAGUCAUGAACAAUGCACACGCGCAAUGGAGAUGGUCCUCAAGUAUGCAAAGGAAGGCAUUGACUACACAACUGAAACAGAGUUCGACGAAUUGCGAAAUUGCAUACCAUCAUAUUUCGAUGUGCGCAUUGAUCGCGACAUGACAUUGGCACAGCCUGCUCAUGACAUCUCUCAUGCUCUUGUUUUUUUGGAGAAACUAAGCAAUGAGAAUUUGAAAACUGAGGUUGUUCGAACAGACUUGGAGGAGAACAUUGUAUGUUAUAAGUUUGAUGACCUGGUCGAUUGGUUGUACGAGCAGGUUGAAAUAGACAAGUCGAAAUCACAGACGUCGGGAGUGUAUGAUAAACGCACUUGGAAGGGGGAUAUGAAAAGGAAAGCGUUAGCUCAUGGAUAUUUUAUACCUGGUCGUCGUGAUGUUCUGAGACUUGGAUUAGAAAAGUUGUUUGCUCUUCUACACUUGCGAAGUGUUGUAGAGAAAGAGGACGUGCAAUCUGUGUGCGAGUUGCCACGUGUGAUUGCAAAUGGUGGGAAGUACGUGAUGUUGUCGCAGUGGACAAAUUUGUGUCCAUCAUCCAGUCGUGCCCACAUGUCUUUUAGUUAUUUGGCUAGUAUUGUUGAGAUAUUAGAAGGAGCCGAAGAGUUGUUGGAAUACAAUGCGAUUGGAUUUUCAGAGUCACAGUCYAUAGCGGACAAGGCUAUUGUGAAGUCCUUGGAGGCUCUUGCAAACACURKAUCGAAUGAAGUACCACAAAUUGUAAGAGAGUGUUGGGAUGUUAUGGSUGCARAAUGCAGCGCAAGGGAUGAAACAUUGAAGUUGACAUCCAACGAAGGACCAGGCAACACGGUCGUGGUAAACAGCGGAAGGACAACCCCUCUAACAUGUAUGGAUUUUGCUUUGGAUUACAAAUAUCAAGGUCCAAAGGCAAUGGGAUUUGGUGAAAGUGAGGAUGAGGGAGAGAGUUGUGAUGAUGAAAUGGACGACGAUGACGAUAACGACAGCCUGCGAAAAUUUUGGGACAAUCACGCGGACGGUUCAUGUGAUCCGCAAAAAGGAUGGUGUCUCGCUGUUCUCCGUCUCCCAAUUGAAGUCGACCAUGGAGAGACAGAUUGUGCAAGACUUGCUCUACAACCGGCUUCAAAUCUUCCGAGAGGCUCGACUGACAUUGCUGUGGAGGACAAGACAACAGUUGAGAAGAUGGAGAUAUUGCUAGAACACGAAGGAAAGACAUCAGGGGGAAGUAACCCAGAGAGGGCGCAAGAGUUUGAAGGUCAUAUGAUAACAGAAGAGCGAAAUGAGGCAAAGACGAACCUCGAUGGAGUGGAAACAAAUGAACAGUCGACGUUGAUGGUGGAAUGUGAACUGCGUACAAGAAUUGAAGUCGACCAUGGUGAGACAGAUUGUGCAAGACUUGCUCUACAACCGGCUUCGAAUCUUCUAGGAGGCUCGGAUGAUAUUGCUAUGGAGGACAAGACAACAGUUGAGAAGAUGGAGAUAUUGCCAGAACACGAAGGAAAGUCAUCAAGGGGAAGUAACCCAGAGAGGUCGCAAGAGAAGGAUGAAGGAACCGGAGUUGUAGUGUAUUUGGAUGCAGACACAGAGGAGGGGACAUCGACGCAACGAAGGCUCUGCGUUCGCGAAGAAGGGGUGUCACGACAGCAGACGAAUGUCGGUGCAGGUCUCGUACAGGAACGAAACAAAGUUCGAGAUAUAACACGACAUGGAACAUCUGAAGAAGUGAAGAGUGUACGAACAAGAACGGAGCGUUGGAGGAUAAAUUUGGUCGAAAUGCACUGCGAAGCGAACAAACGAAAAUUGCAGAUGGAAAAAACAGAGAAGCGAGAUAACGACAUUGACAUCCAACGCAGGGAAGAGUCUUCGAAGUGUACUCCGAAGUCGAAGACAGUACGCAGGAAAACGCUGGCCGGAGCAACCCCUCUUGCUCCAAGUAAGUAUGUCAUGGAAAAGAAACGGGAGCACAACAAGGGUGAAGCGACUGUUGUGGACAGUGCAGAAGUAGGAGAAAGCGGUGAGGAUAUCGAAGGCAGCAUGCAUUGUGGUCGGCAGGCGGGCGAGAGCAGUGGAGGUGAGCACAUUGGAGGUCGCGACAUUCAACACAGGCAAUGGCAUGUGGAACGAGAAUGUCGACAACCAUCAUUGACAGAGUGCGAAGACGAGCAGCUGGAGCAAAAAGAAGCAAAUACGGAAGAGGACGAUUCAGAGGACGAGAACAACAGAGACAACGACGAUUUUGGUGAACGUGAAUCGAAUGAAGACGAGGAUGAUGAUAAUAAAGACGGUCAUGAAGAGGAUGACGAGAACGACGCACACUUCACAAACGAGAAAGCAAUAGGUAAAACAUUGUGUGAAAUUCUGUAAAGUUGUUUGUGGCAUUAAAAAAAUGUGGAAAAAAAAAACAACAACAUUGAAAACGAUUCUCUUGUUUGCAUUCUCGCUUAUGAUUUGCACGUGCUUAAUGAACAUAUAAAAGUGAC